UCAAACUCGCAACAGAUACAAAUGCCAAAGAAUGGAAGCUGCACGAUAUUCGUCGAUUUUGUCAACCAUUCGAAUCCCCAUUUUGGGACUGCAUGAACAUUACGCUCACGUCUAUUCAACGGGGUAUCGCAUGGCCAGGACGAACCUGCUGUUCACUAGGGAUGUCUUUGAAGUGCCAGAACGCUUGCUCUACCUCAGCGAAACGAGAUAACCUCCAGACAGGAUGCCGACAUAGUGACGAACAGCGUUUGUUCGAUUGUGUCCAACGUCAAGAGGAUGGAGAUAGCUGUUGUGGGCACGCUAGAACAUCGGAAUGUCUACUAGCGUGUAAGGACAUAUUCAGGACGAAUCAAACGCCCAACAAACAUCAGAGGGAACUAGUCCAAAGAACAUGCAGCAAUAACAAUACGGAUGUUCUGCAGUGUAUCAAAACAUACACUGAAGUUACCGUCAAUGGAAAUUUGAAACAUUAUCUUCCAUGCUGUGACCACACUUCUGAUAACCAAUGCAAAAAAUCAUGCCGAGAAACUCUGUUGGAUGGAAGUUUUACAGAAGAGGAAACUGUUGAUGUUCUUCAGAAUGCAGGUUGUGGUGUUCCGUUGCCUCAUGAUCCGUUGUGGAAAUGUUUCUUUUCGUUUGGAGAAAAGAAAGUAACUCCAGUCAACUCGAACGAAAUUUCCAGAAUCAAUCAGGUUGGGAUGGAUUCGGCCAAACUGCACUGUUGCCUAAAAGCAAACUCAUCCCGAUGUCGAAAGUUUUGCGUUGCAACGUAUUCCAACGAGUGGACUACAAAUUUGGCAGAGUUUGAGCAUGACUGCUUGCUUUCAACAGAGGAGUAUAGUAUGAAGCAGUGUGUCGAUGAAGUUGACGAACCGUGUGAGUUGGGAUGUGAUGGACUUUCGUACUGCAGUAAUUUCAAUAAUCGACCAACGGAGCUGUUUCGUAGCUGCAGAGCUCAAUCGGAUAACGCAGCCCUCAGUGAUGUGGAACAGUGGAAGGAACAGCAGUACGUCAGGCUUCCUGGUAUCAAUUUACCGAUUCGAAAUAUCAGCGAGUGUACGUUUGAAACAUGGAAAUCCGUUGCAUGUCUGCUACAGAUUAAGCCUUGUACAAGGAGCUACCACACAAAUCGCAUUUGCCGAGAAGAUUGCUAUGAAGUGUUAGGACGGUGCGUGGAUUGGAAUCGGAUGACGAUGAAGCACUCAGUAGCAUCCUUGUGCCAGAUGUUCUCUCCGGAUGCCAAUGACGAAUCUGAGUGUGUAUCGGUAAAAAGAUACCGCGAACCAAGUGAUUUUGCCGAGAAGAAUUCAGAUGUUGCUUUGCUUUCACCAUGUAAAGGAAAUCCAUGUAAUUCAAGUCAGGUGUGUAUCGUCAAUCGAGAUGGAACCUACGGAUACAAAUGUGUCAAUGGUUGUCCUCUUGGGGAAGCGUCAUUUUAUCUCGUACCCGAAGGAACGUUCGUUCGAAUACCAGUGUCGACGAUGACAAAAGGCUGCCUAAAGGUUUGUCGAUGUGGAACUGGAGGACGGAUAGAAAAGUGCCAACCACUUCCGUGCAUCAGUUACGAUUCAUGCGCGCUGGCGGGGAAACGGUUUGAUCAUCUGUCAUUUUUCUACGUGGAAUGUAACAUAUGUAGCUGUUUUGCUGGUGAGAUUACCUGUACUAAGAAGCAAUGUCGUAUGCCAGGAAUUACGUUGAACAAAUCGUUCACGAGUUUACCAUGCAACUGCCCUCCGCAUUAUGUUCCAGUUUGUGCUCGAAACGGAAAUACAUAUCCUUCGGCGUGUAUAGCCAAAUGUGCUGGCAUUCAGGAUGGUGAUAUUCAGUUUGGACCGUGCCGUGCGAGAGAUCCUUGUGUUGAAGUAGAGUGUGGCCCAUUGUCUGUUUGUAUACCAGAUAGAAACAUUUGCUUGUCGACUAUGCACAAGCCGUGUCCUCAGCAUAGAUGUGUUAGCCUGGCAUCUACCAACUGCUCAGUGAUCACUUCGAUUCGAGACACAAAUCUGAACUUCUAUCCCACCGUAUGUGAUCUCGUCAAGUCUGGCGGGCUUUUCGCAUACCAGGAAAAGUAUUUCAAAUACUGCGAAACAUCACGAAAGAGAACUCAGGUCUGCGGAGUCAAUGGAAUCACCUAUCGAAGUGAGUGUGAAGCUUGGAGCGAUUUUUCUGCCGUAGAUUAUAACGGACCUUGUCAGGAACUAGGAGUCAUAAGUUCAACACUUGAAGCAAAGUGUUCAUCGAUCAAAUGUCCCAAACGAAAGUCACAUGAAUGCAACGUAGUCAUACCUCCUGGCGCCUGCUGUCCAGUGUGUGGAACUGCUCUACGCAUAAUAUAUUCUAGAAAACAGAUCGAUCGAGCAUUGUACGCAUUGAAAGGGAAGAAUACGGAAAAUCUCACUCUUAAAGCGAUCCUCACUUCUCUUGAGCGUUUACUGCAGACUGUAGAGUGCAGAAUCAGUGGUCAACUUACGUUUGAGAAUGAUAUCUAUGUUAUUAUUGAAAAUGUUAGCAAGCAUCCAAAUUAUUUGCAAGUUGAAAUCUGUACACGUGAAGCGGAAAAACUAGUAACAUUGAUAAAAACUCAAAGCCAUAUGAUAACAAGUGAGCUGAAUCUAAGUGCCCUAACAGUCGCCAAUCUGAUUAAAGUAAAUGCCGAUAGUGGAACUCAUAAAACAAUCAGCAGCAUAAGCUUGAUCUUAAUAUUAGUCCAAUCAUUGAUCUACGUUAACUUAUCAUUUAGAUAAUUGUUGAAUUUUGAACCCGUGAAUCCGUUAGUGUCAAAUCUAAUCAUGGAGAUUCAUACCGCAAUCAAGUCUGUGAUAAUUUUGAAUUAAUUCUAAUGUACCAAAGUAAGGAUAAAUCCCUAGACAUAGAUGCAAUAAAUCUCUAGUCCGGAAAUUAUGUUACAAAAAUUGAAAAUCAUUUA